AUGGGAACGUCAGCUUCCCUUAAGUGCCGAUCAGUCGCUUCAUUUUCCGACCACGCCCUUACGGGAUACACCUACAAGGCAACAUCCGGGAUACGCUUUGAAUCUUGCGCCGCAACAUGUGACGCUGACCCGCACUGUUACAGCUUUAACUACGUCAUUCGCGACAAAACUUGCGAGCUCAGUAACUCUUCGCGCUCGGCCGAUCCAGAGUACUUUGUGCGCAGGUCUGGGGUGGUUUACAUGGACAAACUAACAGAACCCGUGGAGCACUGCAAAACACUUCCGUGCAGAAACAAUGGAACUUGCCAGAAAAUUCAGCGCCAUCCUGGGUUUAAGUGUUUUUGUCAAGAUGAGUACAGAGGGGAAAAAUGCGAAAGUAAGGAACGAGCUUAAUUUACUUAUAAGGUCUUUGAUCCGUAAUCGACCGAAUCCAUCUACUCAUGUGAGGGAUACGUAGGUUGCUAACAGUAAUUUACCAUUAUAGAUUAAAAAAAGCAAAGAACUUGCUCUCCCAUCAAUCAGAAGAAAUUUCUUGGUUUGUAAGGAAACUUUCGUUCAGCCUUUACCAUUGAAAUAAAUUUUCACAACAUUGAAAACAAGAUCGUUCCGUCGAUAAGCUGUUUUUCGAUGGGUCCAGGAUUGCUGUGAAAUUCCGUACAUAUGAGUCUUAGACAAAAAUAACAGGUAUCCUCAUCAUUAGUUUGCAGUCCUACCGCAUUGGGUCUCGGUGAUAAUAAACUGCCUGAUCAGAAUUUCAACGCCUCCUCCAGCUUACAUCCAUUCAGACCCAGCGACGCUCGCCUGCAUGCAGCUAAUUCGUCUUGGGUCAGCGAUGGUGUCGAAAAGGACAAAUUUCUGCAGAUUAGUUUCCAGCCUCACCCCAGACUCAUCACAAGCGUGGCCACCGAGGGUAGCCCUGGCCAUGAUUGGUGGGUUGUGCUUUAUAAUCUUCAGUACAGCUUGGACGGUGUCACGUGGUUCUACUACGAAAAUGAGAACUCCCCUGGGUCACGAAAGGUGAUGCAGAAAUUCCUUUCCCCGCAACUAAAUAUUAGACUAACUUGCGCUACUGUUAGAGGUUAUCCCAUUUUCUGUUCUUUGAAGCAACGAAGAGUAUUGCUAAUCCCCCUGGAUAGUAUCAACCAGUUCACCGUGGAAAAUUUAUAAUUCGAGGUGAAAUAUUCAGUUGUAAUGUUGCAGAUGGCUGUACUUGUAAAUAACCUAUUUUCUUUCUCAGGUUUUUAAUGGUAACCAAGAUAGAAAUAGCGUCGUGACUAACCAGCUUCAUUCCCCUAUAAGAGCACUGUACCUUCGUAUCUCACCCUUGUUCUGGACUGGAAAGAUCGCGCUACGAGUGGAGAUCUACGGAUGUAACACCUACAGCUGA